ACUGUUUAAGUGUUAACUCCCUCAAUUCAAUUUCAAGUUCACACUGCACCGACUCAUCCCAAUUACUCUCUCUCUCUCUCCCUAAUAAUGCUGCUCAAAAGGCGGAAUAAGCUUUCGCUUCCCGCCGCCUUUCUGCUCUUUUCCGUUAUCCCUUACGCGCUUUUUGCGGCGGAGACGUCUCCGGCGUCCAGUCCGAUUAAGACUGUUGUGGUGCUGGUAAUGGAGAACCGCUCCUUCGAUCAUAUGCUGGGAUGGAUGAAGCAGAAGGUUAAUCCGGCGAUUGACGGCGUCGAUGGCUCUGAGUCGAACCCGGUCUCCACAACUGACCCGAAUUCGCCGCGGUUGUUCUUCGGUAAUCGGUCUCAUUUCGUGGAUCCGGACCCCGGCCACUCGUUCCAGGCAAUCCGCGAGCAGAUCUUCGGAUCCAAUGAGACUUCCGCGGAUCCGCCGCCGAUGAACGGCUUCGUUCAGCAAGCUGCGUCCAUGGACCCGAAUAUGUCCGGGAGUGUGAUGAACGGGUUCGACCCGGAUAUGGUCGGGGUAUACAAGGCAUUGGUGUCGGAAUUCGCGGUGUUCGACCGGUGGUUCGCCUCCGUCCCGGCCUCCACCCAGCCCAACCGCCUCUACGUCCACUCCGGCACCUCCCACGGCGCCACCUCCAACGUCGCUUCCCUCCUAGCAAAAGGCUAUCCGCAGCGCACCAUCUUCGAAAACCUCGACGACGCCGGCGUAGAUUUCGGAAUCUACUACCAGAACAUCCCGGCGACACUCUUCUACCGGAACCUGAGGAAGCUCAAGUACUUAGGCAAAUUCCACCCCUACAGUUUAUCCUUCAAAAGCGACGCGAAAAACGGGAAGUUGCCGGGCUAUGUUGUGGUGGAGCAGCGGUACAUAGAGUCUAAGGUGGAGGCGGCCAACGACGAUCACCCAUCGCACGAUGUGUAUGAGGGGCAGAUGCUAGUGAAGGAGGUGUACGAGACGCUGAGGGCCAGCCCGCAGUGGAACCAAACUCUUCUCCUUAUAACGUAUGAUGAGCAUGGCGGAUUCUUUGAUCAUGUCCCCACGCCCGUGCGUGGGGUCCCCAGCCCCGACGGAAUUGUGGGCCCCGACCCAUUCUAUUUCAAGUUCGAUCGCUUGGGAGUUCGGGUCCCCACCAUCGCCAUCUCCCCUUGGAUAGAGAAAGCCACCGUUGUUCAUGGGCCAAAUGGGUCUCCCUUCCCUAACUCGGAGUAUGAACAUUCAUCUAUUCCGGCGACGGUGAAGAAGAUCUUCAACCUGCCGUCGCCGUUUCUUACCCGGAGGGAUGCAUGGGCAGGCACCUUCGACUCCAUUCUUCAGAAACGGAAGGAACCUAGAACUGAUUGCCCAGCUCAACUACCAAUUCCAAAAAAGAUGAGACAGAGAGGGCCAAACCUAGAUGCAAAGAUAAGCGAAUUCCAGCAAGAACUAGUACAGCUCUCCGCCGUCCUCAACGGAGACUAUCUCCUAACAAGUUAUCCGGAGAACAUAGGCAAAGGAAUGACGGUAAGACAAGGCAAAAUCUACAUUGAAUCUGCCGUUAAACGCUUCUUCGAGGCUGGCCUCGCGGCAAAGAAAAUGGGAGUCGACGGUGACCAAAUCGUCCAAAUGCGACCCUCUCUCACCACAAGAUCCUCAAAGCCUUCGUCCUCGCAAUAUCAUCCUUAGCUCCAUCAAACGUGUCAACUCUCAUCUCAUCAUAUCCUAAUAACAUAUAUAUUAUAGAUUAUUUCUGUGUAGUGUUUUAUGAACUCGUGCCAUAUUUUGAAAUAGAAAAUUUUUGGCUUAGAAUGAUAUGGUGGACCUCUCAGAUUUUUUUUUUUUUAAUUUUUUAUUUGGCAAGAAUGAUGAAAGGUACAACUACAUUCAAGCAUGAUUGUUUUUCUAUUUGGGAGUAAGAUACGAUGGCAUAAAACACCGUGGAGAUCAGAUUCCCCUAACCUAUAUGUAUGUAUGAAUCUUCCCCGAUUAUAUUGCUACUUUGCAAUCCUGGAAUGGAAUGAGUGGAAUCGAAAAUCUAAUA